AUCAGUGAGUUCAAGACCAGACCGAAAUCAGCGCUUUCAAGAUGAGAAUUUUCUAUAUUUGCAUCCUGAUCGCGUUCAUGGUAGCUGUGUCUGAGGCUGCCCCCAGAAAACACGAUGUUGCCAGCGCGGAGUCUGAUGAGAGUGCCUUGGAUGAAUCUGAUUCAUCCGCGAGCGAGUCCGACGAGAGUAGGAGUGUAGCCUCUGACGAAAGUGACGAAUCGGAUGAAAGUCAUAGCGAAGAGUCCGAUGAGAGCGGCAGCUCCGAAUCCGACGAAAGUUUCAGCUCCGAAUCCGACGAAAGCGACAGCGACGAGUCCGAUGAAAGCCACAGCGAAGAGAGUAGAGAAGAUCACAGUGAUUCGGAUGAGUCAGACGAAAGUGAAAGCGACGAAUCCGAAGAAAGUCACAGCAGCGAAUCCGAGAGCGAUGAAAGUGACAGUGACGAAUCUGAGGCUGAGAGUGAUGAAGAAUCCAAUAGUGGCUCAGAUGAAAGUGAGUCCGAGAGUGCACCCGAAAGUGACAGUGAAUCAGACGAAUCUCUUGAAGAUAGCACGGAACAUCGAUCCAGCAGACGUGAAGCUAGAAGCCGAAGCGCACACCAUCGUUAAGGAAAGAGAUUUUAUUAAUUAAGAACGUCGAUAAAAAGUCACAUUUAUAAAUGGGAUUUUUCUUUUGAAGAUCCUCCCCUGCGAGACGAGAUCAAAACGCGCUAUCGAAACCUGUAUCGAUGC